GAGAGGGACGCACGCACGAGUAGGUUGUCCUCAACGCAGCAUAGACAGAACAAACUAAUGUAACUCCUCCAAGGGUCAAAUGAGUAGCAGUCCUAUUUCUUCUCAUCGCAGUUUGUAAUUCUGGAUAUGCCGCAUGUCAGGUGCAGUACAGGAAAGGGUCUGAUUCACACACUUCUCAUAGGAACUCCCUGUUUCCUCAGCUCUUACAUUCUACCAAAAUGAAGCAUUCAUCAAAUUCUUUAAUUUAAUGAAUGAAGCAAAGUCCUGUCCCAAUGGAAUACUGACAAUAUCCUGGCUUGGUGUUGACUGUUGAAAUAUGCUCUCAUGUGAGAUUAAGACAGGAAAACAACACAGUUACACAGAUGGCCUAAAUUGCUAAACAAAAGCACAGUCUUUAUCCUAACCUGUUAAACGACUGCUCCAAGAUGGCAAACCCCAGCUCACUCUUGGUCACUGAUGGGGCAGUGCAGAGGCAGGUUGAAGAGGAUCAAUAUAUCCUCUAUGGCGUGGCUGAAGAGGAUGCGUGUGAGUUGGGGUUCACUAGGAAGUAUGACCUCAUCCCAUCCAUCGUCUGCUCAGUAUGCUUUCUGUUCGGCCUCAUCUACUGCUUUUUUGGAUACCGCUGCUUUAAGAUGGUCAUGUUUCUGUCCGGCUUCAUGUUUGGGUCUGCACUAGUCUGCAUGUUGUACCAUAAGGAGCCUGUGCUGGACACCCAAUUGACUACAGAGACCAAAGCAGGCAUCCUCCUGGGAGUGGCUGUGCUCUGUGGCCUGGUGACUAUGCUGGUACAGACUGUGGGGUUCAUCAUUACUGGCCUACAUCUGGGGAGUCUGCUCACCCUUGCCAACCUGCUGGUUGUCGGACAGUUUUACAGCCUUACCCCCCUAUGGGCGCCUCUCGGUGCCCUCCUGGCCACAAGCACCUUUUGUGCCAUUCUCACACUGCAGUGGCAGAAACUAUUCACUGUGCUCUCCACGGCUGCAGUCGGUGCCGCUGUGGUGAUGGCGUGUGUGGACUUCUUCGUAGAGACGUCGCUGCUGGCUGGCCAUGCGUACGACAUCCUGUCACAGGUUCCUCCUCGUUCCCUCUGCUGGUACAGCUGGGUUAUAACAGGUGUAUGUCCUCUAUUCAGUCUGAUGGGGGUGCUGGUGCAAUGGAUGCUCACUGCCAAAGGAGUGUCCCACACAGAAGUACCUGUCAGUGGCCGACAAAGACAGGUCCAACUGAUGCGAAUCAGACGAAGAGAUGGCCAGAGACGACCCCAGCAGGGCACUUACCGCCAUCGCAAGCCUCCAAUCCUAAAGCGCUAUGCUGGGGACGUCCUGGCCCCAAGUUACAUCCAAAGCAUUCGUGACCGCCAGAUGGGUACAGGCUCCUCUACCAACAGCAACAGCACAGUCAACCACUCCAUGAUUGACUUUGAGACAGGCUCCAUGGUGCCCCUGACUGCCUCCUCCCUAGUUUAUAGGGUCUGAGGGAUGACCACCAAAUACUAGGCAUCCCCUCCCAGUUCCACUUAGGUGCCCUAUACCUCUCUCCAGCAGACCAUUCAUAGACUGUUUUUUGAGACGACAGAAUUAUUCUUGAGACAAAAUUCAAAAUACUAAAUCAAUCUGUUGUUUUGUUUAUUAUUGACAGUCUUAAGGUAUCAGACAGUCAAUCGUAAUUUAACACAUUGAUCCUUCUUCCAAUAAAUCAAAUUGCUUUAUUUUAGUCAGUUUGCUAAUAUACAUUUUUGUGAAGACAUCCAUUGUUAGUUUUAUGCAGUUUACAAGGGGGGAAUUAUACAUUUAGGGAUUUACAUACUUUACACACACAUAAAACAUUUUUGUAACUUGUGUUAUCAAAAUAAAUAAAAUCCUUAAAUGUUA